CCGGUUGGUUUUUCCUGGAGGCGCUCCAUCUUUUCCCAUCGCUUACAUCUGUGUGGCCUGAAAAACAUAAAAGAGGCAAAAGCGUAAUAACACUCCGACCCGGUGGAAUUACUUAUCAGAGUUUUGAGACCUAAAAACCACUCAGAAUGACAGACUCCAAGUACUUCACCACGAACAAGAAAGGAGAGAUAUUUGAACUGAAAGCUGAGCUGAACAAUGAGAAAAAAGAGAAGAGGAAGGAAGCGGUGAAAAAAGUCAUUGCUGCCAUGACUGUAGGCAAGGAUGUGAGCUCUUUGUUUCCAGAUGUGGUAAACUGCAUGCAGACUGAUAACCUGGAGCUAAAGAAGCUGGUGUAUCUGUACCUGAUGAACUACGCCAAGAGUCAGCCUGACAUGGCCAUCAUGGCUGUCAACAGUUUUGUGAAGGACUGUGAAGACCCUAACCCUCUGAUCCGUGCACUGGCCGUGCGCACUAUGGGCUGCAUUCGUGUGGAUAAGAUCACAGAGUACCUGUGUGAGCCCCUGAGGAAGUGCCUAAAGGAUGAGGACCCGUAUGUGAGGAAGACGGCGGCCGUGUGUGUGGCCAAGUUACAUGACAUCAACGCGCAGAUGGUGGAGGAUCAGGGCUUUCUGGAUUCCCUCAGGGACCUUAUAGCUGACUCCAACCCAAUGGUCGUGGCUAACGCUGUGGCGGCUCUGUCUGAGAUCAGCGAGUCUCACCCCAAUAGCAACCUGCUGGACCUGAACCCUCAGAACAUCAACAAGCUGCUCACAGCCCUGAACGAGUGCACCGAGUGGGGACAGAUCUUCAUCCUCGACUGCUUGUCCAACUACAACCCCAAAGAUGAACGGGAAGCCCAGAGCAUCUGCGAGCGUGUGACCCCGCGCCUCUCGCAUGCCAACUCGGCUGUCGUCUUGUCGGCCGUCAAGGUCCUGAUGAAGUUCCUGGAGCUUCUGCCUAAGGACUCGGACUAUUACAAUACGCUCCUGAAGAAGCUCUCUCCUCCUCUAGUCACGCUGCUCUCCGGUGAGCCCGAGGUCCAGUACGUGGCCCUCAGGAACAUCAACCUUAUUGUGCAGAAGAGACCUGAGAUCCUGAAGCAGGAGAUUAAAGUGUUCUUUGUCAAGUACAACGAUCCCAUCUACGUCAAACUGGAGAAACUGGACAUCAUGAUCCGACUGGCCUCUCAAGCCAACAUCGCCCAGGUAUUGGCUGAGCUCAAGGAGUAUGCCACCGAGGUGGACGUGGACUUCGUGCGCAAGGCGGUCCGUGCAAUUGGACGCUGUGCUAUAAAAGUAGAGCAAUCAGCUGAGCGCUGUGUCAGCACCCUCCUGGACCUCAUUCAGACAAAAGUGAACUAUGUCGUGCAGGAGGCCAUCGUGGUGAUUCGAGACAUCUUCCGCAAAUACCCCAACAAGUAUGAAAGCAUCAUCGCCACUCUGUGUGAGAAUCUGGACUCUCUGGACGAGCCGGACGCACGUGCCGCAAUGAUUUGGAUUGUGGGCGAAUACGCAGAGAGAAUCGACAACGCUGACGAACUUCUGGAAAGCUUCCUCGAGGGCUUCCACGAUGAAAGCACUCAGGUUCAGCUCACUCUGCUGACAGCCAUAGUGAAGCUGUUCCUGAAGAAACCUUCAGAAACACAGGAGCUGGUGCAGCAAGUUCUCAGCCUGGCGACUCAGGACUCUGAUAACCCUGACCUGCGGGAUCGUGGCUACAUCUACUGGCGUCUGCUGUCCACUGACCCGGUGACCGCCAAAGAGGUGGUCCUGUCCGAGAAACCGCUAAUCUCAGAGGAGACGGACCUGAUCGAGCCAACGUUGCUGGACGAGCUCAUUUGCCACAUUGGCUCACUGGCCUCCGUCUACCACAAGCCACCUAACGCUUUCGUGGAAGGCAGUCACGGCAUCCACCGCAAGCAUCUGCCAAUCCAGCACGGCAGCAUCGACACCGGUGAGAGCCCGGUCAGUGUGCCGGCUACUGCUAUGGAUCAGCCACAAGUUAUUCCAUCUCAAGGUGACCUCCUGGGUGACCUCCUCAAUCUGGACCUGGGUCCUCCGGUCAACGUGCCGCAGGUCUCGUCCAUGCAGAUGGGGGCCGUAGACCUUCUAGGUGGUGGUCUCGACAGCCUGCUUGGAGGAGACCUUGGAGGAGGUGUUGGAGGCAGUCCUGCAGUUGGCCAGAACUUCAUUCCAUCCUCAGUGCCCAACACGUUUGCUCCGUCUCCUACCCCAGCACCCAUCAGCAGCGGCCUAAAUGACCUGUUUGAGCUUUCCACAAGCAUGGCCAUCAGUACUGGGGGUUAUGUUGCACCUAAAGCCGUGUGGCUGCCAGCAGUCAAGGCAAAAGGAUUAGAAAUUUCUGGAACGUUCUCCCGCCGUCAGGGUCACAUGUACAUGGAUAUGACUUUCAACAACAAAGCCCUGCAGCACAUGACUGAUUUCGCCAUCCAAUUUAACAAGAACAGUUUCGGAGUGAUUCCUACCACACCUUUACCCAUUCACACGCCUCUAAUGCCGAACCAAAACAUUGACAUCUCCCUUCCUCUCAACACCAUCGGACCCGUUAUGAAGAUGGACCCUCUCAACAACCUCCAGGUGGCUGUGAAAAACAGCAUAGAUGUUUUCUACUUCAGCGUGCUCAUUCCGCUCAACGUCUUCUUCGUAGAAGAUGGAAAAAUGGAGCGCCAGGUAUUCUUAGCUACAUGGAAAGACAUUCCCAAUGAGAAUGAACUGCAGUACCAAAUCAAGGAGUGCCACUUAAAUGCCGACACCGUGUCAGGCAAGCUGCAGAAUAACAACAUCUACACCAUCGCCAAGAGGAACGUAGAAGGCCAGGACAUGCUCUACCAGUCCCUGAAACUUACCAACGGCAUCUGGAUCCUCGCCGAGCUCCGCAUCCAACCUGGCAACCCCAACUACACGCUGUCCCUGAAGUGCAGAGCUCCAGAGGUGUCUCAGUACGUGUACCAGAUGUACGAUGCCGUGCUGAAGAACUGAAGAUCUAAGCCUCUCCACAAGCACGUCCUUUCCUCCUAUAGUUUCCUCCUAACUGUGGUACAAGGAUAAAACUACACCUCUUCACAUUUCUCGUUUUUACCUCCGUUUAGUUCCCCCUGCUCUCUUUUCUGUAGUGUCCCGGUAGCAACUGUGUGCUUUUUGCCAAAAUGUCCGUGUUGUUGAUUAGCUGAUGCACUGUGCCUCUCAGUCACAUUUAUUUUACGCCUACUAUUAUAAAAGUGUCCAUGAAUGGAG